ACACACCUCAACUCCAUGGCGGGCAUGCUCUGCGUCGCCCUCCUCCUCACGUCCCUGAUCUGGUCAGCUGCCGGAGAUGGCCGCCGGCAGCAGCAGCUCACCGCGCUGCCGCCGAGGGGCUGGAACUCGUACGACUCCUUCUCGUGGAUCAUCGACGAGGCCGCGUUCCUCGACAACGCGCGGAUCAUGGCCAACAGGCUGCUUCCCCAUGGAUACCAGUACGCGGUGAUAGACUUCCUGUGGUACUGGAGGAUCGCCGCCGGCUCGGGGGUGGGCGCAUACGGCUUCGACAGCAUGGACCAGUGGGGGCGCCCGUACCCUGACCCCCAGAGGUUCCCGUCGGGCCGAGGUGGCGGAGGGUUCAGGCCGAUCGCCGAUAAGGUCCAUGCCAUGGGCCUCAAAUUCGGGAUCCACCUCAUGAACGGGAUCAGCACCCAGGCCGUCAACGCCAACACGCCCAUCCUCGACGUUCGCACGGGAAAAGCCUAUGUAGAGAAUGGCCGGCAAUGGAGGGCGCGUGACAUAGGCCUCACCCACAGGACAUGUGCGUGGAUGCCGAAAGGAUUUAUGAGUGUAAAUACGGACCUGGGAGCUGGACGAGCAUUCCUAAGGUCUCUCUACCGACAGUAUGCCGACUGGGGCGUCGAUUUCGUGAAGCUAGAUUGCAUCUUUGGCACGGAUUAUAGCCCGAAAGAGAUCGUGACCGUUUCAGAGAUCCUGAAAGAGCUUGAGAGACCAGUCGUCCUAUCCAUCUCCCCCGGAACCGCUGUCACUCCAGCAUUAGCUCAGAAUAUCACACAACAUGUUGACAUGUACAGGGUAACAGGGGAUGACUGGGACAGCUGGAAAGAUGUUCGCCCACAUUUCGAUGUCGCCAGAGCAUUUGCUGCUGCGAAUAAGAUUGGUGCCCCCGGAUUGCGAGGAAGGUCUUGGCCAGACUUAGACAUGCUUCAAUUUGGUUGGCUUACUGAUGCAGGUGCUAAUCAGGGCCCUCACAGAACCACUAGCCUUACAUUUGACGAACAAACAACACAGAUGGUACUUUGGUCAAUGGCUAAAUCACCGCUCAUGUAUGGUGGGGACUUGAGGCAUCUCGACGAUCGCACAUUCAAUCUAAUUACCCACCCUACUCUACUGAAGAUAAAUCACCACACUAGAAACAACAUGGAGUUUGGUUAUAUUCAUAGUGAGAGGGCUUCAAAGCCAGAUGAACAAUCCGGUCGCUCAAAGUCCGGAUAUCCGGUGGACGUGACAAACAAUGGUGGAAUGGUUCUUGGUCUCGGUACAUGCAGCGAUAAGAGCGCCGUCGGAUGGCACCGUUCCUCAGAAGAUCGCAUUUGCAGAAGCCAUGGAAUCCAGAAUGGCAAUGCCUCAUUUUGCAUAUCCAAAGCAAAACUUCUUCCAACAUUGGAUGGAGUUACCAUGAGCAGUGAGGAAGACCAAGCAAAGUUUCAUCUGGCAGGUAUUGACACCGAUGAUGGUUGCUUGGAUGCAUCUGUCAGUCCAUGGCGAACAAGCUCAGCGAGCCAAACUCCCAUGUUCUCGGCCUGCGAACAGCAUAUAAAGCAGGUCUGGGAGCUAACAGAGAAUGGACAGCUUGUAAGCAGCUACUCAGGGUUGUGUGCUACAAUGCGGUCCAGCAAGGAAGGAGAGAAUGAAACUACCGGAGCACGAGCAUGGACAGCAAUUAGAAACAAAGCAGGAGAGAUCUACGUGGCCAUCUUCAACCUCGACACUGCAAGGAGGAAGAUCACUGUAAGCGUGCCGGGUCUAGAAAAGGUUGUCGGGAGAAAGUUGGCAAGGUGCACAUGCACUGAAGUCUGGAGUAGAAAGAGAUGGAGUCUGAUGAAGGGGGGCAUCUCAGCGGUGGUGACCUCACAUGGCUCCAUGUUGUUCGAAAUCCAGUGUUGAGAGCUCUCUAAUAAUGUUCACCUGUUCAACUUGGAAGCAUGGAAUGAUUGGGGUGUAAAUUCUCUAGUUAUUUGUCGAUCCUUUGUAGAACAUACUUCUAAUAAGGUAAGCAUUUUUAUUGAUAUUA